AUGGCGGUCACGGUUGCGGACAUUCAGCGGCUGGCCGAGGCGAAGAUGGCAGAAAGUGCAAGGACCUACAUCGCUUUAGGAGCAGGCCAAGAACAGACCCUCGAGGACAACACACGCGCCUUUCAGAGCUGCCUGAGCAGCGUGGCGCUAGAGGACGUAAUGGCAAAGGCACCCAAGUGCCCGAUCUGGCAGCAGGUGUACCUGUUCAGCGAGCGGUGCCUCACCGAGAACCUGGUCAAAAGGGCCGCGGCGCAGGGUUGCAAGGUGAUCGUGGUCACCGCUGACGCGCCUGUCGAUGGAGACAAAGUGAGCCGCCACGAGUACCCACACGGCCUUCCAAAUGGAAUUAGCACUGCCAACCUGGACGCCGCGUUUUCCUAUCACCGGCCCGGUUGCACUGCCACGGGCGAGCAUUCCCGCGAAGUAAGCGCCAUGUUAUCUGCCACCUUCAAGGAAAUCGAAUGGCUGCGCAGUCUUGCUGAUCUGCCCAUUGUCGUCAAGGGCGUUCUCAGGGGCAAGAAAACAAGCGACGAGAAGAUGUUGGUGGCUAUGCCACCUAGAGAUUUCCGCAACAAACACCACAACAUCGACGUCCUUACCGAGAUAGUGGCCGCCAUGGGGGACAAGAUGGAGGUGUACCUGGACAGCGGUGUGCGCACGGGCGCCGACGUAGUCAAGGCACUUGCUCUGGGAGCUCGUGCGGUCUUCGUGGGGUGGCCGGUGCUUUGUGGACUGGCGUAUGACGGCAAACAGGGGGUCCAAAAGGUACUGCGAAUACUCAGGGACGAGCUGGAGCACACAAUGCGGCUUCUCGGUUAG